CGCGCAGCACGAAGCCCGCUGGCAGCCGCGCCAUGAAGGAGGAGGCUCUGCUGAGGCGCCGCUUCACUUUCUGCCCACCAGCCUCACCCCCGCAGAAGGCAGGCACCCAGAAGCUCAGCCGGAGCCUGCCGCUCAAUGCUGAGCUCUGCCUGCCGGGCCCAGGGAAGGUCUCAGAACCCAACGGCCCAUCUCUGCCGAGAGACGAAGGGCCCCCAUCCCCAGGAUCUGCUACCAGGGUGUCACCGGCAGACUCCAGGCUGUGUAAUGGGUCUGACAAGCAGUGUGUGUUCCCAACAGCCAGGGUCACCAAGAAGGAGGCUCUGAAGGCCCAGAAGGAGAACUACCGGCAGGAAAAGAAGCGAGCCAGCAGGCAGCUGCUGAGUGCCCUCAUGGACCCCAGCGUGGUCAUCAUGGCCGACAGCCUGAAGAUCCGCGGCACACUGAAGCGCUGGACGAGGCUGUGGUGCGUACUCAAACCGGGCGCCCUGCUCAUCUACAAGACGCCGCCGGUGGGUCAGUGGGUGGGCACGGUGCUGCUGCCCUGCUGCCGGCUCAUCGAGCGGCCCUCCAAGAAGGAUGGCUUCUGCUUCAAGCUCUUCCAUCCGCUCGACCAGUCCCUGUGGGCCAUGAAGGGUCCCAAGGGCGAGAGUGUGGGCUCCAUCACACAGCCUCUCCCCAGCAGCUACCUCAUCUUCCGGGCGGCCUCCGAGUCGGACGGCCGCUGCUGGCUGGACGCCCUGGAGCUGGCGCUGAGCAGCUGCAGCCUCCCGCAGCGGAGCACCUGCAAGCAGGGCCGUGACAGGGACCCCAGCUCCUCUCAUGAUGGACUGCCCACCUCGGCUGCCCUGCCCCAAGACCAUCACCUGUUCCCGCUGAAUGGCACCUCCUUGGGGAGCCCCCUGGAGAAUGACGCCUCCUCAGACAAGUGGCAGCCAGAGGACGGCAGGGGGUCCGAUGCUGAGGCCCAGGCCCACAGCUGCCAGACGGACAGCGGGAGCGAUGGCUCCGAGCCCCCCGGGGGCCCAGCACUCAGGGGAACCACCUACCUGCAACAGGACCACGAGGAACUGGGGGAGGUGGACACAGCGUUGGGGGAGAACAAGAGCCUGUUGUGGUUGCUGCUGCGGCAGCUGCAGCCGGGCAUGGACCUGUCCCGCCUGGUGCUGCCCACCUGUGUGCUGGAGCCACGCUCCUUCCUCGACAAACUCUCCGAUUGCUACCACCACGUCCACCUGCUGUCCAGGGCGGCGCUGGAGGACGACGCCUACGGCCGCAUCCGCCUCGUGCUGCAGUGGUACCUGUCUGGCUUCUCCAAAAAGCCCAAGGGAGUUAAGAAGCCCUACAACCCGAUCCUGGGGGAGACGUUCCGCUGCUGCUGGUGCCACCCACACACCGACAGCCACACCUUCUAUCUGGCCGAGCAGGUGUCGCACCACCCACCCGUGUCCGCCUUCCACGUCAGCAACCGCAAGGACGGCUUCUGCAUCAGCGGCAACGUCACGGCCAGAUCCCGGUUCUACGGCAACUCGCUCUCAGCUGUGCUGGACGGCAAGGCCACGCUGACCUUCCUGAAGCGGGCGGAGGACUACACGUUCACCAUGCCCUAUGCCCACUACAGAGGCAUCCUGUACGGCAGCCUGACCAUGGAGCUGGGCGGCCAGGUGGCCAUCAAGUGCGCCCAGAGCAACCUGCAGGUGGACCUGGAGUUCAAGCUCAAGCCACUCUUCGCGGGCAGCGGCAGCAUCAACCAGAUCUCGGGCUCCAUCAGGCGCGGGGAUGAAGUUCUGGCCACGCUCAGCGGACACUGGGACCGGGACGUGUUCAUCCAGGAGGCAGGGAGCGGCGGCCCCGAGCUCCUGUGGUCCCCUGGGCAGGUCAGCGCGCAGCGGCUGCGGCGGCGCACGGUGCUGCUGGCCGAGCAGGGCGAGCUGGAGUCGGAGCGGCUGUGGCUGCCGGUCACCAAGGCCAUCCGCCAGGGCGACCAGCACGGGGCCUCGCGCGAGAAGUGGGCUUUGGAGGAGGCACAGCGGCAGCGUGCCCGAGAGCACCAGCUGAACCCCACGGCCUGGGCACCCCGGCUCUUCCAGCAGGACCCGCUCACGCGGGAGUGGCACUACCGCCACGAGGACCGCAGCCCCUGGGACCCCGCGAAAGACGUGGCCCAGUAUGAACACGAUGGGCUCCUGCACACGCUGCGGCGGGAGGUCCUGGCGCAGGACACGAGGCCUGAGGUGAGCGGUGCCCCUGCCCUGGGGCUGCCAUCAUCAGCUCCCCUCUGUCCACAGAGGCGCCUGCGCAAGGCCAGUGACCAACCCUCCGGCCACAGCCAGGCCACAGAGAGCAGCUCCACGCCCGAGUCAUGCCCGGAGUUUUCAGACCGGGAGGAGGACCUAACGGCCGGCAGCACAGGUUCGUGUCCCGGGUGCCGCAAGGCGACCCAGCAGCUACAGGCCCUGCGGGAGGCCGUGCUGGCCCUCCAGGGGGCACAGCAGGAGCUCAACAGGUACCUGUCGGCCACGGUGAGCGUCCUGGUGCAGCCCAGGCCGGCGGCGCCGCUGGGCCUGCUGCAGAGCCCGCGCGGCUGGCUCCUGCUCUGCGUGUGCCUGGCAUGUCAGCUGUUGGUUACGUAUGUUCUGAAAUAGAACCUUGGGGUGGUCCAGCCCUGGGCAUCCAGCACUUUAUAUGGCCCCAUCGGGGACAGGAGCGGCCGCACGGCCCCUCAGGACGGAGGAGCUGCGCACAGGGGGACGGCCAACCCGCACAGCCCUGCCAGCACCAGCCUUAACGCUACAGCCAAAUGCAGCUCUGCG